AUGUCCGUGUCAGGGCUUAAAGCUGAACUGAAGUUCCUGGCGUCCAUCUUCGACAAGAACCACGAGCGAUUCCGCAUCGUCAGUUGGAAGCUGGAUGAGCUGCACUGCCAGUUCCUGGUGCCGCCUCCGGCGCCGCCGGCCAGCCCGCACUCGCCGCCACCGCCGCUCACUCUCCACUGCAACAUCACGGAAUCUUACCCAUCAUCGUCACCAAUAUGGUUCGUGGACUCCGAUGAUCCAAAUCUGACAUCUGUUCUGGAACGUCUUGAAGAUACGAAAAACAGCAAUUCGCUUCGUCAGCAAUUGAAGUGGUUGAUAUGUGAACUCUGCAGAUUAUAUAACCUUCCUAAGCACCUGGAUGUUGAGAUGCUAGAUCAACCACUACCCACGGGUCAGAAUGGGACAACAGAGGAAGUGACUUCAGAUGAAGAAGAGGAGGAAGAGAUGGGUGAAGAUAUAGAAGACUUGGAUCACUAUGAGAUGAAGGAAGAAGAGCCUAUUAGUGGAAAAAGGUCAGAAGAUGAAGGAAUUGAAAAAGAAAAUUUGGCAGUAUUAGAAAAAAUUAGGAAGACUCAGAGGCAAGACCAUCUAAAUGGUGCAGUGUCUGGGUCAGUGCAAGCUUCAGACAGACUUAUGAAAGAGCUCAGGGACAUAUACAGAUCCCAGAGUUACAAAGCAGGGAUUUACUCAGUGGAACUUAUAAAUGACAGUUUAUAUGAAUGGCAUGUUAAGCUGCAAAAGGUUGAUCCUGAUAGUCCUUUGCACAGUGAUCUUCAGAUCUUAAAAGAAAAGGAAGGCAUAGAAUAUAUUUUGCUUAGCUUCUCUUUUAAGGAUAAUUUUCCAUUUGAUCCUCCCUUUGUUCGGGUAGUGUUACCUGUUCUCUCAGGAGGGUAUGUCUUGGGUGGAGGCGCAUUAUGUAUGGAACUUCUCACAAAGCAGGGCUGGAGCAGUGCCUACUCAAUAGAAUCUGUCAUCAUGCAAAUCAAUGCCACCUUAGUCAAAGGCAAAGCCAGAGUGCAGUUUGGAGCAAACAAGAAUCAGUAUACUCUUGCAAGAGCCCAACAAUCUUAUAAUUCCAUUGUACAGAUACAUGAGAAAAAUGGCUGGUACACCCCUCCAAAGGAAGAUGGUUAAAUAUGUUGACUGUCAUAUGUUUGGACCAAUAUUGUUUUAAAGAAAAUCUUCCAACAUGCAGACACAAGCUUUGAGUGCCCCUAUAACUGCAGUGCCGAAGAUGUUAGCUAAUAGAUAUUUUAGUGGAUAAUUUGUCAGCUGACAUCCAGUAUAAAUUACAGCCUCUUCAUUUUGUUCAUUUUAGGAAUCUU